AAGAAGUCACGUUUGACAAUAGGCGGACACCCGGACACAUAUGUCGGCACUUUCCCCAAACACUAGAAACUAUGACUGCCACUAUAGAGAGUUUACUGGAGGAAAUCUCCCAAGUUGAAGACCCAGUUGAAGAGCUGCAGAGUUUAAAAACAGCCCUGUUAUCGAUCCCGCUCAGCGCCGUGAGAGACUCAGUGAGCGGACAGCGUUUGGAUGUUAUAUUCACUCUCUUAAACUCCAGUGAAAGGGAGCAGGUUGAGCUGUGUGUGGACAUCCUUGAACGCAUCUUAAUGGCUCUCAGCCCUUUGCACUUGGCCCAGAACUACAGAGCAGAGCUGCAGGGAGGUUUGACCCAUCCUGAAGAAAUUGUUAAGAUACUGGCUUUGACACAGAUUGGUCGAAUGGUAGAGCAUGCCGAAGCUGCCACAGAAAUACUCAACAACCAGGAAGUUCUUCGAGGAGUGAUCCAAUGCAUCAGAGAAGAGAAGAUAGCUGUGGCCAAGCAGGCCAUCCAGUCCUUGUCCAAACUGAGUCACUCCAAACCUGGUUUAGACAAACUGUUCCACAGCGACCUGCUGGAAGUUAUGAAGGAUGUGAUGGCCACAAGUGACAUCAUCAGAUACAGAAUAUAUGAGCUGGUGGUGGAAAUCUCGUCUGUGUCUCCCAUCUCCCUCGGUUACUGUGCCAACAGCAGCUUCAUUUCUCAGCUGCUUGGAGAACUGACAGGAGAUGAUGUAUUAAUAAGGGCCACAGCCAUUGAGAUGGUGACAACUCUAGCCCACAGUCUGCAUGGCCGGCAGUACUUGGCCCAACAGGGUAUAAUGGACAAGGUCUCCAACAUGAUUAGAGGAGCGGAAACUGACCCAUUUUCCUCCUUCUAUCUUCCAGGUUUGGUGAAGUUCUUUGGGAACCUGGCCAUUAUGGACAGCCCCCAACAGGUUUGUGAAACCUACCCGGUCUUUCAGAACAAGGUGUUUGAGAUGGCUAUGGACCCAGACCCUGUGAUGAUCGGAGUGGCCCUUGAUACUUUGGGCUUACUUGGAACUACCGUGGAAGGGAAGCAGGUCCUGCAGAAAACAGGAGAAAAAUUUAAGGCAGUAUUGUUAAGAAUGAGCCAGCUGGCCAGCUCCGGAGCUACAGAUCUCAGAGUGCGCAGCCUGGAGGCCAUAUCACAACUGCUCACUCUGCAGCCAGAGCAGCAGACAGAAGACCUGUUGGCCCUGACUGAGUCCUGGUUCCGCCUUUUGUCUAACCAACCCAUAGACAUGAUUCAUAACAUCAGCACUCAGCCGUUCCCGGAGCUGCAUUGUGGGGCUCUGCGGAUAUUCACUGCCAUUUCCACACAGCCAUGGGGUCAGAAGUUAAUGAUCAGCAGUCCUGGUUUCAUGGAGUUCAUUUUGGAUCGUUCAGCGGGUCAGACCAAGGAGGCCAAAGAUGCCAAGUUUGAACUGGUGGGGUCACUUGUGAGUUCAUCAACAGCAGCAACAAUACUGGGUAGCCAGCAUUACAUCCGUCUAAAGACCUACCUGAAAGAAGGACCGUACUAUGUUUCAGCAGUGGCUGCAGUCGGCACCGAAGGAGCUGACUGAUUCAAACAAACUCACUUACAUUUACUUACAUUUUACAUCACUUACAUUUUAUGGGUCUUUAAUUCAUGCUUAAGUAGUGGUUAAGGGACUGAAUAUUCUAAUUAUGAGUUAACAUAUCAUACACUGCAAUAAUAAACUAAUUCUCUAAUAAAUAGUUCAGGACAAGAGGGGAAAUAGCUCAAUUUGUUCAAAUCAACAUUUUUCAAUCUUCAGCAAUAUUUAAUAACUUUAUCAUCUCAAGUGCAGCCAGAAAUGUUCAUUCAUAACUGAUGGUUUAAGUAUUUUGAACCAAUUUAGAAACAAUUGAGAAAUUCAUUACUUAUAUAAUUAUCCAUUACUUGCUUGAGACUUCAGUGGCUCCUUUGUUAGGUUGUUUUUCUCACAUAAAUAUAUUUGUCAGGCUUUUCUGAAAGGACAUUAAAAUAUGAAAUGUCAUCAUCAUCAGUCUUUUUACUUCCUGAGUAAAUCUAGUAUUGUUGUAAAAUAAAUGUUAUGUUUUUUAAUGCUAAGUUAAAGUUCGAAACAUAAAACUAUAUUUUUUCUAAUUAGGAAUUCGCUACAAAUGUGAAAGAAAAAGUGACAAUAAUCUAAGCAAAGGGAUUUUAUUAGUAGAACAUCAAUAUUAGGAGCCCCCUUAAACACACAUAAACCACAACGUGCAUCAUGGGUGCAUUCUGAAAGUCCAUGCACAAAAAAAAGAACUUGGUGCCAUCAUAGCAAAUGAAGAAUCACCAUAAAAAGAUACAACUGACUGUUGUACUAAAUCUCCACAUUGUGUAACAAACAACAUCCACAUGAUAUGUUAACACGUGUUUAGUUAUUGUAUCUUUACCACGUACUUAAGCAAUAGUUAAAGAGCCACCAGUGUGUACAUUUUUACUCUCAGAUAGUUAACUUAUACAGAAACAUUCACACCAUCCUGUAUCUUUCAUACCAAACAGGACUCGACCAAACAUACAAGCUAAGACCCCAGUUCUUCAAAUCCAUAAGAUGUUGAUUUCAAUUUUUUGUGUCAAAAAUAUUUUUGUUUACUAAAAUGCUUCUUUAUUAAACGUGAUGCAU